AUGCGGAGGUUUGCACGAGCGAGCCAGAGAUUUGGCUCUCAGGUCCAGUGUGGAUUCGCUCUCUAUCCAGGCUCCACUCGACUGAUAACAUCCGCCCGAGAUUCCACCCGGUGGAGGCAGCUGAGCUACUCUUCAUCUUCUACUGCUGCGCACUCCUCCAUUCCUAACCAACUUCACGAACAUACUUCCCAUCGGAACGUGGCCAAUUUCCCCGCCUUCUUAGAUUCGCUUUCUACAGAUGUUGUACGGGAAGAUCAAGCGACCGGCAUCCCAACUGACGAGCAGACCCCCACCACCCAAGAGGAGCAGUAUGCACAGGCGCCUGAAUGGAAUGAAAUCAAGCAAUUCUGGGCCAUCAUCCGAGAUGGGCAACCAGAUCAAGUGAUGAGUGUCCUGCUCGAUCCGCGCUUCGAAACAAUCAUUGCAACCAUGACGCCGAGCAUCUUUGCCGAGGUUUUCCGCUUGCUCUCGCCCGCCUACUUUAUCGAGCCAUUCCGUACCAUCCACCGAGCGCUGCAUCCGACCACCGUUCAUGUCCAAGGGUACAAGAGGCUCGAGGUGAUUUUCGAGGAGUUCGCCAACAACGUCAUGGCUAUUGCUCAGACCCGAGAACGGACGGGCCACCAACUUGGGCUAGCUGAGUACACUCAUCUUCUCAGCUGUGCGAGUUCCAUGGGAGAUGCUCACAUGGCCGACCAGGUCUGGGAGAACAUGAAAGAGGACGAGGUUCAGCCCGACGCUGCCUGCUACAACCAUCUCAUGGCAUCUAAAGUCUGGGACUCGACCUACACUGGCCGGGGGGGUUAUCGGCUGCGAAUCACCAAGCACAUUUACCGCAAACGAGGGUAUGACUCUCCUAACCCUGGGUGGACGGGCUUCGGUACCAAAGCUCGAAGUGUGCGGAAAGAUGUCGUCGAGACACUGAACGAAAUGAUCGGCAAUGGGUUUCAGGGUGACGAGAACACCUUCAUCCAGGUGAUGGUAUCGUCUUCCCGCGUGGGGGCCAUCAGCGGAAUCGAAAGGCUUCUCAAGGCCAUCUGGAAUGUUGACGUGGAUGCGUUGCUGGACCCAGAAAACCACCCCACGCAAGAACCCGUCACUCCCUUUCCGCGCUCAUCCCCUUGUUAUCCAACGAAGAAUCUACUACAUGCCGUGGCGCAUGCCUUUGGCACGUCAAGUAACAUGCUUGCGGCGCUGCGGACCAUCGAACACCUCUCCGAAUCAUACGGCAUUGCAAUUCCGGAGGAGGUCUGGCUAGAACUGAUGGAGCGGACGUUUGUGCUCUCGCGACGUCGUUUCGGAAUCGACCUUCCAGGGAAAGAUCGGGGCCAGGUGGAUCCAAAUUUUCUAUUCGAUAUGUAUAAGACCAUGACGUCGAAACCAUUUAACGUUCAGCCCACCGCCCACGUUCAUCAGAUGAUGGCUAAGACGGCAUGGGAUCAAUACAACUGGCCCCUAUACAAGGAACACAUGGAGGGGGCGUACAACAUCUUAGCAGAAACAAGACGCAAGCAGAAAGUAGCGCGCACGAAAGUCAUGGGCUAUCUGACCAACAGCAAGAUCUCGCAAGGGCCCAAGAAACGUCGUGGGCCAGCGGAUCUUUCGCGAUUCAAAUCACGGCCCUUCGCUAACGCUGUGUACGAGUAUGACCUAUUGCGGCUACGCGCUGCCGAGGCCUACACCAUUGUCGUGCGGCUCGCCCGACUCCUCAUCAUCCAGAACCAUUGGGAAAUCCCGGGGGAGUCCGAAUACGCCUGGGAGCGACGCUACCUCCCGCAGGCCCUCGAGGAGUGGCAGGAUUUCCUCCCCGAUCAAAUCCACUACCAUACUUCCGGCGGCAUGAUACACAGAAAAGGAUUCAGUAACUGGCGAUUUCGACGGUAUACCGGGUUUCACAAAAUUCCCAUUCGCCGCCCGACCCCGACAAAUGGGCUCAAACGAGAGGUUCACCCCGAUGAAAUCGACGACGACGCCUUCUGGGCCAACCUGUUGAAAAGGCGACCAUAUUACAAAUCCAAGGCCAGCCUCCAUAUCCAACCCCUAGACCGUCUCUUCUCCGGCGUUAUCGAACGGAGCACUGUCUCGCACCCGCCACCCCACGAUCCUUUCACUUACGAGACCAUAGCAGACUGCGCGAAUUAUGAGGAUCUCAAAAAUUUCUACCGUGCUCAUGAUUUCAAAAAGGUUAGAUAUUGGAAAGAGGAAGGAGAAGCCGAAGAUGAGGAAUACGAGGAUCCUGCAGAUACCGCCAUCGAGGGCUUCGGUUACGCUAAUGGUUGAGAAGAGAGAGACCUGGUUGCUGUGUUUGCUUUGACAUGUCAGGUCGACUACGUUCACUCUGGCUUUGUGUUUUUUCCUGCGCUUGAUUUUUUUAGUAUUUGUUUCAUGAGUUUGAGUGUUCCUUAUUUUCAGCGAAUUGUUUGUCUUCUGAAGUGUCAUCUUUCAGAUGCCUGGGAUGAUCUUAUCAGAUACCCUUGUUCGUGGUGGUCACCUGGGAGUGGAUUGCCAGUUUGUUUUCCAAUGGAUUCGUUUAUUCCAAGUUACAUGCUGAAAUGAGACAACGUAAUCUCAAAUGAAUGAUCUGAAUAAACAAUUUAUAUUAGCUACCUUACUCAACAUAGUGUAGGCUUUUAGGUGUUUGUAAGUGUACGCUACCGGUCAAUUCGCAUCCCUCUGUAGCCCUUCUAGGCACCCAACACCAUUGAAUGCUUCUUUAUUUCUAUGUUAACU